GGAGAAGCGCGUUCGCGCGGUCUGUACGCAGUCUAGUGUGGAACAUUUAGGCGGCGUGGUCUGGUUCCUUGCAGGAAAGCGUGCGCGUUUGCGCUUGGCCAGCCGCGGCCUUGGGCCGCAAGUCUGGUCUUUUCUAUUGGGAACAAAGCUUAAGACGGGCUGCGCGGCCCCCUGACUCUGCCCAACUAUGUUGGUGCUGUUUGAAACGUCCGUUGGCUACGCCAUCUUUAAGGUUUUGAAUGAGAAGAAACUUCAAGAGGUUGAUAGUUUGUGGAAAGAAUUUGAAACUCCAGAGAAGGCAAAUAAAAUAGUUAAGCUAAAACAUUUUGAGAAAUUUCAGGAUACAGCAGAAGCAUUAGCAGCAUUCACAGCUUUGAUGGAGGGCAAAAUCAACAAGCAACUGAAGAAAGUUCUGAAGAAAAUAGUAAAAGAAGCCCAUGAACCUCUGGCUGUAGCUGAUGCUAAACUAGGAGGGGUCAUAAAGGAAAAGCUGAAUCUCAGUUGCAUCCAUAGUCCUGUUGUUAAUGAACUUAUGAGAGGAAUUCGUUCACAGAUGGAUGGAUUAAUCCCUGGGGUAGAACCACGUGAAAUGACAGCUAUGUGUCUUGGACUGGCCCACAGCUUGUCCCGUUAUAGGUUGAAAUUUAGUGCUGACAAAGUGGACACAAUGAUUGUCCAGGCAAUUUCCUUGUUGGAUGACUUAGAUAAAGAACUAAACAACUACAUUAUGCGAUGUAGAGAAUGGUAUGGCUGGCAUUUUCCUGAAUUAGGAAAAAUUAUUUCAGAUAAUUUGACAUAUUGCAAGUGUUUGCAGAAAGUUGGCGAUAGGAAGAAUUAUGCCUCGGCUCAACUUUCUGAAUUACUGCCAGAGGAAGUUGAAGCAGAAGUGAAAGCAGCUGCAGAGAUAUCUAUGGGAACAGAGGUUUCAGAAGAAGAUAUUUGCAACAUUCUGCAUCUCUGCACUCAGGUGAUUGAAAUCUCAGAAUAUAGAACUCAGCUCUAUGAGUACCUGCAAAAUCGAAUGAUGGCCAUUGCACCCAAUGUUACAGUCAUGGUUGGGGAAUUAGUUGGAGCACGGCUUAUUGCUCAUGCAGGUUCUCUCUUGAAUUUGGCCAAACAUGCAGCCUCUACAGUUCAGAUUCUUGGAGCAGAAAAGGCACUUUUCAGAGCUCUAAAGUCUAGACGAGAUACCCCUAAAUAUGGUCUCAUUUACCAUGCUUCACUUGUAGGCCAGACAAGUCCCAAACACAAAGGAAAGAUCUCUCGAAUGUUGGCAGCCAAAACUGUUCUGGCUAUCCGGUAUGAUGCUUUUGGUGAAGAUUCUAGUUCUGCAAUGGGAGUUGAGAACAGAGCCAAAUUAGAGGCCAGGUUGAGGGCCUUGGAAGAUAGAGGGAUAAGGAAAAUAAGUGGAACAGGAAAGGCAUUAGCAAAAGCAGAAAAAUAUGAACAUAAAAGUGAAGUGAAGACUUACGAUCCUUCUGGUGACUCCACACUGCCAACCUGUUCUAAAAAACGCAAGAUAGAACAGGUAGAUCAGGAGAAUGAAAUAAUUGAAAAGAAGGCCAAAAAAGCUAAGGUUAAAGUUAAAGUUGAAGAAGAAGUAGUAGAAGAAGAAGAAGAAGAAGCAGAAGCAGUACUGGUGGUGGAAGAACAGGAGACAUCUGUGAAGAAGAAGAAGAAAAAGGACAAGAAGAAACACAUUAAGGAAGAACCACUUUCUGAGGAAGAACCAUGCACCAGCACAGCAAUUCCUAGUCCAGAGAAAAAGAAGAAAAAGAAAAAAAAGAAAGAUAAUGAGGACUAAUGGAAAGUAAUCAUAAUUGAAUCACCUGGACACAUCGUGCUUAAGGUUCAGUCAGGAAUAUACCAGAGAUGCUCUCUAAAGUAAUCAAGGAUUAACAAAGGUUGGAUGAAACAAAGUGAUUAUUCAUCUAUAGCUUUUCAAACCUGUUUGUGUCUUGACAUCAACUCUAUUAACUUUAUUAUGUCAUUUCUUAGUCUUUGUUAUACAAAUAAAAAUAUUUUCUUUGUAUUUUAAGGCAGUUCUGUGAUCUCUAUUUUAGUUAAGAGAAUCUUUAGCCAUUAGCAUUGGAUAAUUAUUAUUUCAGUUAUCAUAUCUGAAAAGUGAGAGCUGUGAAUCGUUAAUUUGAAACUUAGCCUUUGCUAAGGCAGUGAUUAGAUGGACCAAUUUAAGAAUCUCACUCUUAUGUGUUUCUCUUGCCCUUUUAGAAUUUUUUUCCCCUUUUUUCCUCUUUCUCCCUCUUCGCUUAAUAACGCUGUGUUUUGUGUUCAAAAUUUUAAAAUCAGGUGAGCAAAAGUUUCAGAUAUCUCUUCAGAAAUAAUAAAAUUGUGUCCGUAAUUUUACUUUGUUUGCGAUUUCAGAAGGUACAACAGUAAUUAUUGAUCUAGACCCUGGUUUGUUUCUAAAGCAAUCUAAUACAAAACUCAUUUUAUAGUAAAGAAUGGUGGAUAAAGGGAAAUACAAGUUGAACAAAAAUAAAAUGUCAGUAGACACGAGGUAUAAACCAGCACAUAAAGCACCAAAGAAAUCUUUAUUUCUAAAAGAUAGCGUUUAAUAUGUGAACAGCAGCCUGAUUGACUGCCAUAUAGUCAUGACAGUCUGUUACAUCUUGCAUUUGUUUAUGCCAUUAGCAUGCUAAUGGAAAAUUCAGUAAAAACAUUCAAGGGGUUGGGGUAGUUAAAAUGAUUAUAAUUUUGAGUUCCACCUCUGCUUUUAAUGUAACUCUGGGCAAGUGAACAGCCCUUCUUCACUUUCUUAUUUGUAAAUCAGAAAUAAUAGUCAACUUUACUUCUCAU